AUGCAAGAUACGAGGGUUUGUAGUGGCGAGGGUGUGGAUUGGAAAUUCGCCCUGUGGUUAUCGUAUAAGAUUACGAUGAAGCUCACGCAUGAUGUGGUACCAUCAUGGCUUAUGGGAGUGAUGAGGUUUUGCGCGCUUAGCAUUAUUUAUGCUGUCGAAGGUCACCACGGCAAUAUCACCUCCCACCUCUACGUCUACGAUAUAUUUCCAGCAAACUCAACAACCCAUUAUCUGGAAUACAGUUGA